AAACCACUAACUCGGCUUAGUGUCUUCAUUUGGCUGAACUUUUCAAAACUUGGUUACUGAAACGAAUUUUCUUUUAAAAAAAAAAGCUGAAUUGAUUGUACUUUGGAUACUAAUGAGUAAAAUAUUACCAAGGGAAGUUAUCCCUUACCAAACACUGAAUCUGGCUCACAAAGGCUUUGGUUAGCAGAUAGGCGGGAAGAAUCAGUGUGGAGCAGCGAGCCCUUCCAGACCGGAACAGCAACCUAGGAAAGUACUUUGCAGCGAUGGACUCAUCUGCCAGUCAGAGGCAAAAAGUAGCUGUCAUUGGUGGUGGCUUGGUCGGAGCAUUAAACGCAUGCUUUCUUGCAAAGAGAAAUUUCCAAGUUGAUUUAUAUGAAGCUAGGGAAGAUAUGCGAGUGGCCAAGUCUGCACAAGGAAGAAGCAUUAACUUGGCCCUUUCUUAUAGAGGACGACAAGCUUUAAAAGCCAUUGGCCUGGAGGACCAGAUUGUAUCCCAAGGUAUUCCUUUGAGAGGAAGAAUGAUUCAUUCUCUUUCAGGAAAAAAAUCUGCACUUCCCUAUGGAACAAAAGGCCAGUAUAUUCUUUCUAUAAGCAGAGAAAAUCUGAACAAGAAUUUAUUGAAUGCUGUUGAAAAAUACCCCAAUGUGAAUGUACACUUUGGCCACAGGCUGUUGAAAUGUAAUCCUGAAGAAGGCGUGAUCACCAUGCUCGGAACUGACAAAGUUCCCAAAGAUGUCACAUGUGACCUCAUUGUAGGAUGUGAUGGAGCCUAUUCAACUGUCAGAAAUCACCUCAUGAAGAAACCCCGCUUUGAUUACAGUCAGCAUUACAUUCCUCAUGGGUACAUGGAGUUGAGUAUUCCACCUAAGGAUGGGGAUUUUGCCAUGGAACCUAAUUAUCUGCACAUUUGGCCGAGAAAUACCUUUAUGAUGAUUGCACUUCCUAACAUGGACAGAUCCUUUACAUGUACUUUGUUUAUGCCCUUCGAAGAAUUUGAAAAACUUCUCACCAGCAAUGAGGUGCUGGAUUUCUUUCAGAAGUACUUUCAGGAUUUCAUCCCUCUCAUUGGAGAGCAAGCCCUGGUGCGAGACUUUUUCCUGUUGCCGCCCCAGACAAUGAUAUCUGUCAAGUGUUCUUCUUUCCACUUUAAGUCACACUGUAUGUUGAUGGGAGAUGCAGCUCAUGCCAUUGUCCCAUUUUUUGGCCAAGGAAUGAAUGCGGGCUUUGAAGACUGCUUGGUGUUUGAUGAGUUAAUGGAUAAAUUCAAUAAUAAUCUCAGUAUGUGCCUUCCUGAAUUCUCAAGAGUCAGAAUCCCAGAUGCUCAUGCAAUUUCAGACCUGUCUAUAUACAAUUACAUGGAGAUGAGAGCUCACGUCAACUUUUGGUGGUUCCUUUUUCAAAAGAAUAUAGAGCGAUUUCUUCAUGCUAUUAUGCCAUCUACGUUCAUUCCUCUCUAUACCAUGGAUAUGUGGAAUCAUCACUUUUGACUCUUCAGAAUUUCAGCUAACUAGUGUAUAACCACAUCUCAGUUAUCUGCCUUCAAGACCCCACUGUCUAGAACCCCACAGUUUUAUCUUACUGUUUUAUGGGCACAUUGGUCUCCAUCCUCUCUUACCAUUCAUCAAGGUAUAGUGCUCAUUCAUUAUCUUGGAAUCAUAUGCAUGCAAGUGAAGGUAAUUAAGCAAAUGUUGAUCUAUUCUCUGGCUUGUCUUUGGUCAAAGGAGAAGAUCCUUCUAAUGUUUCAGAUUAUUUGGGUUUGUAUAUGUGAAGUUUCUAUUAUUUUUGUUUAUCUCUCUUUAGCUUUUUGUUUCAUCACUAUUCUUUCACUCUGCUCUUUUGAAGUUUUCCUUUGAAAAAGGAGCUCAACUUCAUGUCUCAUUCUCUUUAUUCAAUAACUUCAGGAUAUUUUUAAAAACUUGUUCUGGAUGAAGAGAAAGUACAUGUCAAAGUUGUCCCAAAAAUAAACCAUUUAAGACAAAUUCUCCAGCAUUACCUCUGGAAGUGCUACCUUCUUCUGUUAAUGGAUAUGCCUAGUGCUUACUGAUUCAGACACAUGCAGAUUUCCAUGGUAAGCCCCUCAUUCUCAAGUGAGUAGCAAUGUCAUUGGUGGUGUGAGUCACCUCUCUCUGAAUAAAGAAAUAGAGACACAGUGCUUGCACCAAGUUCUCUGUUGAGGUAAUAGCGCAGUCUAAACUCAAAUUUCUUUAUGUUUUAGACCAAUAACCUGUCUCCCCUUUUCUAAGUCUUCUUCUUGUAACUCAUUCCAAAAAUAAUAUAUUCAGGGACUAUUCCAGCUACAGGGAAAAAAGAGGUAAGACAGUCUCUGCUCUUGAGGAAUUCACUCUGUUGAUGGUGAGAAGCACACAAUUGCUUCCAUAAGUGAUGCAUGGGGUGAUGGAGAGCAGGGCGAUAUGGGAGCACACAGCUGGAGAACCAUAUUCAGGGCUGGGUUAGAGCAAGAAAAUUUUGAUCUCAGCCUUCUGAGAUGAGAAGUUAGCUGAGCAAGAAGGAGAAACAGAAUGUUGCUGAGGAAAGAGGCGUACUAAGGCGAAGAAGAGAAAGCACCACAUGUCGCAUUCUGGAAACAAGAAAUGUAGCAGUGAGCUGGAUAUGCAGGCAGCAAAAGGAGAAGAAUGUCAAGAAAUGAGGCAAGACAGAUAGACCAGACACGCCAUACAGGGUCCACUCGUCACACUAGGGAGCUCUGUUUCAAUCACGAUGGCAGUAUUUGAGAACAGUUACUCAGGUGGCAGUGAGUAAAGAAUGAUUAGAGGAAAGUGAGAAUAGAAGAAGGAGAAAUGAGGUCCUUUUGAAUUGAGUCUGUGUCUGAAGGCGGUGGAAAAUGGGCAUUGUGGACAAGACAUUAAGUAGAAUAAGAAUUGUUCACUAGCUGCAUAUGGAGAAGAUAUGGGGAAGAACAAUCCAAGAUGACUUCCUAAUUUCUGGCUUAGGUAGCAAGGAAUGCUGACUAUUCCAUGAAAAAGAGAGCAGAGAAAUAGUGAAUUUGGGGGGCAGAGAGAUAACAAAUUAACCAUCAUAUAUGCUGAAUUUAUUGAGUCUGUGAACCGCUAGGGGAGGCAUGCAAUUGACAACUGACUAUGAGCAUCUGAGGUCAGAAGAAAGACCUGGAAUGGAAACAGAAAUUUCAAAGUCAUCAAAUUCUACUUAGAAGGGUGAAAUUAUGACAGCAUGAGGUAUGACAGAAACAUAUGGUAACUGUUUAAAUAAAAAUAUUACAGUAAAAGACACAUCGCGCCACGAAUUCCCUCAAACCCUCCCCCUCUCUUCAGACACACUAAUCCCCCCAUUCUUGCCCAUUUCUGAAGCAGCUCUGGAAGUCAUCUUUCGCGAGUUCAGUUAGGUUAUCACGACUGCCUCAAUAUCUUGCGUCAAUUCAAAGUGUUUAUCUUUCAUACUCAUUUUGCUUUGGAGAACUGCCAGAAGUCACUCAGUGCCAGGUAGUAAGAUGGAUGAGGAUACACCUUCAUGUUUUUACAGCCUGCCUUUCCAGUGGAUGGCACACUGUAGCAGAAUUCAUAUUUUUGAUCACAUAUCCUCAAGGUACUUUCCAGAAUUGCUUCAGAAAAUGACAAAAACAAUGGGAUAAAUGAGAUCAAAGUAAGGGAGAGGAUUUUGUGGAGGAGUCAUGACAAUGUCUUUUCCUAUAAUAAAUUUUUAUGUAAGCAUUACUCAUAUACUUCAAUCACACCUCACGUGUGAGAUUACCGAAGGUCAGUAGGUAGCAAGAAAUGAGAACAAAGAAUGCUGAGGAGGCCCAAGCAGAAGAAGUCCUUACGGGAGACAAGCAGACAGGGCCAGAGAAAUAAAAACAGGGUCCCUGAACCAACGGGAGGGAAGGAUUACGCAAGAAAAUGGAAGUUGGGGCUGGGAUUUAGCUCAGCGGCAUAAGCGCCUGCCUUGCAAGCAGGCGGUCAUGAGUUCGAUCCCCCGUACCGAUAAAAAUGAAAAAGACAAAAAAAAAAAAAAAAGAAAAAAAGAAGUUAUCAUCAGUCUUAAAUACUACAGAUGCCAGCAAACAAUAGAAACAGAACCGUGUGUGUUGUGUCUAACAUUUAGGACAUCAGACCUUAAAUGAGGGAUGUUUCAGUGAAGGUAUGGUAGAGAUGGAGGUGCCUGUCUGCAGUAAGUUGUAAAUGCUAUGUGAAUUUGCUCAGCAGCUGACUCCCUGAACUACAACAGAUCUAGAAGUUGGGGUCCAGGAUCCAGGUUCUGACAAGGAAGGCUUCAUUCUGAAGUCUCUUCUCUGGGUUUGUAAGUGUUCAUCUCAUUAUACAUUCACAUGACCUCUUGCACCUAGGGAACGUGGUGCACUGCAGGGGAGCAGAGGCGGGGAGGGGAAUGUUGCAGACAGACAGAUGUCUGUUUGUUUGCUUGCUUAUUUGAGACAGGGUCUCACUAUAUAGUGUAAACUGGCCUUAAUCUCACUAUGUAGCCCAUAGUGAGGCUGGCCUCGAACUCAACAGAGAUCCUCCUGCCUCAGUCUCCUCAGUGCUGGGAUUACAGGCAUGUUCCACCACACACCCUUUCUUAGUGUCCUUGUAAGCCCAUUGGAUCUCUUAUGAUUACUACCCAGCGGCCUUAUCUCCAAAUACCAUCACACUUGGCCCUAAUUAGUCAAAAUCUGAAUUUGGGAGGGACAAAAUAUUCUGCCCAUACCAUUAAGUAAGUGGUACCUUUUAGAUGCUUGAUAAAUGUUAGUUAAAUGUUAGUUUUAGAGUGACCAUAUGGUACCAAAAGCUACCAAUGAUUUUUCGAGUUAGCAGUGACAAGAAGGAGAGAAAAGAUAGCUACAGGGAGCAGACAGUAGAUUUGCUUGUGUUUUAAAUGAGCAUAGUUACAUGCUAAAAGGAAAAAGUCAGUAUAAGGGAAGGAAAAAGUCGAAGGUAUAAGUAAAAAAAAAAAAAAAAUUACAGCUGAGCAGUUCCUAGAGAAGAUAACCGGCCGGGCGGGGGAGGAGUCAGAAUACACAAUUAGCUCGGUCCUGUGGUACUUCCGUGUCACCCAUAACUGCAGGAAGAAAUCUAACAAACAGUGUGAAAGAGAGGUUUAUGUAAAGGGAGGCAAGGAGUUCUGGAAGUCCCUGAUAGCGGCUUUAUUUUAUCCAAUAAAUACGUUUAUGUGAUAAGAAUGAAGGGGAACAGAACUAGAUGUUGAAAUGAACAGUGAUGUUCACAGCCAUAGUGUGAGAAAGUGGGCCCUACAGAAGCACAGAGAUUGUUAGGGCUGAGAGGACGCCUGAGUCUGGAGCCAGGGGGCUUUUCUUCCAGCUUUUCUGUGCAUUUCUACUGCUGGCAUGGAGAGAACAGAGUUGAGUUGGUCCGAAGAUGUUUUCCUUCGACAAAAUGAGUGUACGUGAAAAAUUAUAGAGAUGGCGGGUAAUAGGUUUAAAGUAAUGCAUGGGACUAAGUUUGGGUUAAAACAAAAGGUGAGGGCUCUGACAGAAUGACUGUAGUGAUCUCGUGAAAGCAGUGGGCUGAGGGAGUGGGAAGGAGCACUGUUGGGAAACCACGCGUAGCUGAUGUUAUGCAGUAGAGCGUGGAAGCAUACUGCCCCCUAUGGGUUGGUUUAAAAAUCCUCCUUGCAGGCUCCCAGCGUGACAUGUUUGUGGUAUUUCUAGAGAAAAAAUCUGUACUAUUCUCUUGACAUGGGUUCAUGUGAUCUGGUCUGAACAAAAUGAUGGGAAGUGACCAAUUCUCUUUUUCAGCAUUCGUAAACUCUGAGCUGCAUAAUGUAGUAAGUUUGAUGCUUUCACUGAUUGUGCUUAUCCAAAAAUCCUUUCCUGCCUUGUUUUGGUUCAGUAAGUGAUGCAGAAAAAAGUGAUACUACUCAUUAAUCCUUUCAGGGAGUGAGUCGUAGUGCAAAAUGCUACCAGAUAGGCAGUCCCCUAGAGUUGCUACAUUUCUAGAAAACUGAUUGUGUGGGAAGAGUUUAUUCUUUACACAUUAAAUUUGGAUGCUUUUGGGGGAGGGGCAUCUGUAGCCUUCAACUCACCAUUCGAAUGGAGUACAGAAUAUGGCCAUAGCAGUGGACUAUGACACCCACAGGCACCACCAGGCAGCCAAGAAAUAAGAAGAGCACAAAGGAGGAAUCGUUGGCAUCUUUGGAUUUCCAGUCCACAGUGCAGCUUAGUCCAUGGAUGUCCAGGAUAUACCUGUUCCAGCCCAGGAGAGGUGCUCCUGCCCAUGCAAGCGAGUACAGCCAGAUGUAGGUAAUGGCCCUCCAGGCCCAGGAAAAAUUGAUCACUCUGGCAUGGACCACACGAAUAUAACGUUCAUAGGCCAGCACCGUGAGGGUGGUAAUAGAAACAAUCCCUGUAAGAAGAGAAAGUAGAAAAGUAUAGCAUAAUGCAGGGGGAAACUAGACAGAAGUGAGCGCUGUGUGCUCCAUCAGAAAUACCAUAUGGAGUACCUGAGACCAACAGAGUGUUCUAAAAGUUGAGAGCCAAGAGUAAUAAUACCCCAAACUCCCUGAGAAAUUGCAUUAAGAAUGUAUUUACCUAUGAAAGAAAACACAAGAUGGAAAAUGGCAUGUGGAUUAUAAUGGGACAAAAUAAAAGCCCUGCACUAAUGCAGCUAUUGCAUUAAAUUGUCUGCAAAAAAGAAACUCUGGGGGCUGGGGAUUUAGCUCAGCGGCAUAAGGGCCUGCCUUGCAAGCAGGCAGUGGUGAGUUGGAUCCCUCGUACCCAUAAAAAAAGAAAAAAGAAAAGAAACUCUGGAGUCAUUGGAGCAAGUGCUUCCUUCAGUUUUGCCUUCUCUCAGUUAUUAAGGUCUAAGUGGGUUCUCUAAGCACAAACUGAUCAGUCAAGGUAGAAUUAUGCAGAGGGCUGCUUUGACCCAGCAGGUAGCAAAUGUCAGCAUCUGAACAAUUCAUAUGCAAAGAUUAUUAAAAAGAUAGGAGAAAGACUUCUAUGCUCCUUUGGUCUUCAUUUAUUCUUCUGUUUUGCAACAAUAGACUUAACAAUAUUAUUCACGUAUUUCUGUCUUUCCCCCAGAAAGUGAUUCAUUUGCUCAACAAGCACCUGUUGAGAACCUCAUGUUUCCAGGCAUUGUAGUGACACUGGAAAUCUAAUGAUGACUAAGGAGACCGAACUCUGGAUGUCCGAAAGGACCGCAGAUGUGCAAGUAAUCACAGUGCUUUGGAGGACAAAUGCUGCAGUGGUGCCAUCAUGUACUGGAGUCUCAGAGAAGGAAGCACUGGUAACAGGGCAGAAGUAUACUGCAGGAAGAAAGAGCAAUCCCGUGCCAGAGUCUGGCUGUGUGGAAAGACAGGAAAUGGUCUACGAACAAUCGGAGGAUGCAGAGGUGCCCAGAUCAGAGGAUAGGGACAGAGAUUUAGGGGCAGCAGAUGAGGCCACACAGAGAAAGGCUCUCGAUUUCUAGAUAAGGCAUUUAUUUUAUUUCUUCCUUUUAUUUUUUAAAACCUUUUCCUGUAUGAAAUAGUAAAUUAUACUUUCUGUUAUUCCCUUGUCCUGUUUAAAUACAAAGUAACAAACACA